AGUGUACCGGGACCCUCGGGUUUGAAACGCCUGGUGAAGGGGAAGCUAGGGCCGCCGCCGGCGGGUAGGGGCGGGGCCGAGGCGAGUGGGGCGGGGCCGCCGCGGUAGGGGCGUGCCCGAGGCGGCUGCUGGACGGCAGUGCUCAUGGAGCAGGCGACGGGGAUGCUCUCCUGCUGGGGAGUGGCGCUGGGGGCCGCCGUCUCCGUCCCUGUCCUCCUCCUCGUGGCAGCGCCCUACAUCAGGAGGUAUGUGGCCGGAGGGGAGUGUAAGUCCCCAGCUAGGCUGGAGGGGAAGGUGGCGAUCGUCACGGGAGCCAACACGGGCAUCGGGAAGGAGACCGCCAGGGACCUCGCGCGAAGAGGUGCGAGAGUGAUUGUUGCUUGCAGAGACAUAGCAAAGGCAGAAGCUGCAGCCAGUGAAAUCCGAGCUGAUACAGGGAACCAGCAAGUCAUCGUGAAAAAACUGGACUUGGCUGAUACAAAGUCCAUCCGGGAGUUUGCUGAGAAGUUUCUAGCAGAGGAGAAGGAACUCCAUAUUCUCAUUAAUAAUGCUGGGGUAAUGUUAUGCCCUUACUCCAAGACUGCUGAUGGCUUUGAGAUGCACCUGGGAGUCAACCAUCUUGGUCAUUUUCUCUUGACCUUCCUAUUGCUGGAGCGUCUGAAGCAGUCUGCCCCAGCCCGCAUAGUGAACGUGUCCUCACUGGCUCAUCAUGGAGGCCAAAUCCGUUUCCAUGAUCUCCAUGGUGAGAAGAGCUACAAUCCUGGCCUCGCCUACUGUCACAGCAAAUUGGCUAAUGUGCUCUUCACCCGGGAGCUGGCAAGGCGGCUGCAAGGCACUAAAGUCACAGCAAACGCACUCCAUCCUGGUUCUGUCCGUUCUGAGCUGGUCCGGCACUCAUUUGUAAUGUCGUGGCUGUGGAAGAUAUUCUCAUUCUUCCUGAAGACACCUUGGGAAGGAGCUCAGACCAGUGUCUACUGUGCAGUAGCAGAAGAGCUAGACUCUGUGACAGGCCAGUAUUUCAGUGAUUGCCAGCCAGCAUAUGUAUCUCCACGGGGUCGGGAUGAUGAGACAGCAAAGAAGCUCUGGCGCGUGAGCUGCGAGCUCCUCAGCAUCCAGUGGGACUGAGCAGCGCAGACCUUGUGUGUACCUGGCUAAGCCCAGCAAUGCGCUUGUCCUGGGAAGAGCACUGCUGAGAGACCUCAUGACUAGAACACCGAUGCUUCAGCUGCCCUAAUGAUGGCUCCAUGGACACAAUUGAACGUGAAAUCCUGCAAUAUUAUACUUAAGGAUUGAGCUUUGUAAGCAACCAGUCCUACUUCUUAGCUGGAGAAUUAGAGCACCUAGGCAGGGUACAACCUUUGCUUGGUAUUUCAUCCAAGAGCCUGGUUUUAGAAUAGAAAUGGAGGUUGCAGUCUUAGGUUUAGAUUAUGAAGUUAACAAAGAAUUACCUUUAAGUUUUUUUUCCCUAACAGUAACAGUAAAAAGGUAGGACUUCAAACUUAUGAUCUAUGAGGUUAUUUUCAGUUCCUACUAUCUGACCUGGCAGAGUAAAAGUACUUUAGGAUAUUGGAUUUUCUGGCAAUUACAUGCAAUACAAAUGCCCUCAAGCACACAAACAUGUGCUAGCCUUUUUACACCAAGCAUUAGCUAAAGUUUUGAAGUGGAAUCAAUUCUUUAAAAGAAUCUGUAAGAAGCUGGACCCUAGCCACUGAAGUAUCUUGGCCCCAAAUGCCCAUUGAUUGCAGUAAGUUAACUCGAGGAUUGGCGUAUCUUUUGAGAACCCAGGUCCCAGUGCUGGUGACUGGGAGGUUAAAAGCUGCAGGAGUGACACAAUUAUGCAUAGGCAAGUUACUUUAGUAAAAAUAAGUAAUAUCUCCUGUGAAGCAUGGAGCAAAGAUGGUGUAAAAGUUGUCACAAUAAAGCCCCAGCUGCACUUUAAAUGGCUUUAGAACCUAGAAAAGAGAGCAGAAUGAAUAAAGAACAUCUCAACUAUAUUAAACAUUAAAGAACUUCAGCUGAGACUUUAGCUUCAAGUGACAACAAACUACCUGAAGCUAAAUAGCUGAAGCAGAGGUUGGGACUAUCUUGACAUUAUGGUCAAGUUAGCUACAGGACAGAAAAAUAAGACUUGCACAGAAAUCCUUGCAUUUGUCUGCCCAGCCGUUACUGGCCUCAUCUGGCCAAGGCUGCUAGCCUGACCUUGCAGCACCAUACAGCUUGUGGUUCCGAAAGGCAGCUGGGUCAACCCACAUAGCAAUGGGACUGCUCCCCUGGAACUCUAAGGCCACUUUGGUGCAGAUUGCUAGAGUGUGACCCACAGAGAUUAUUUCUGAAAGUUAAGCACUUAGAAAACAAGUGCCACAGCUCAUAGGAUUAUCUUCUGCUUCUGAAAAAAAGCCUGGAAUUUUUUGGACUUGCAUAUGAGCAUGCCACUUGUGACCAAGUACCACCAGUCUGGGGAAACAAAUGCUAGUUUUAUGAUUAAUUCUUUCUGCCUGGAUGCUAUCUAUGCAGAUCAGUCCUAUGUUACCUCUGAGCAAUACUAAAUAAAGCCAUUUUUCUUUUACAA